CUCCCUGGCCUCGCUCCAGCGGGCCUCGCUUUCGCUCGGCGCUGCCCCACCGCUCUGCCGCUGUCUGGCUUCUCCGACGUGUUUUGUUUGCGACGCUGUCGUGUAACAGCGCGCUUUACGGCCGUGGGGACGGGGCGAGCCGGCGCCAGGGCCGCUCCGGCCGGGAAGCAGGGCAGGCGGUCGAGGUUGAUGCCCGGCGGCGGGGUGAGCGCGGCGUCUGGCCGACUUCUCACCGCCGCGGAGCAGAGGGGUGCCCGGGAAGCGGCGGGGUCGGCGUCCAGGAGCGGCGCGGGAGGCUCCGGCGGCGGCGGCAGAGGCGGAGUAGGCGGCCCCGGGCCGGGCAGUGGAGGCCCAGGGGGGCCCGCGGGCAGGAUGAGCCUGACCCCGAAGGAGCUCUCGAGCCUGCUGAGUAUCAUCUCGGAGGAGGCGGGAGGCGGCAGCACCUUCGAGGGCCUGUCCACUGCCUUCCACCACUACUUCAGCAAGGCCGACCACUUCCGCUUGGGCUCGGUGCUGGUCAUGCUGCUACAGCAGCCGGACCUACUGCCCAGCGCGGCACAACGCCUCACCGCGCUCUACCUGCUCUGGGAGAUGUAUCGCACCGAGCCUCUCGCCGCCAACCCUUUCGCCGCCAGCUUCGCCCACCUGCUCAACCCCGCGCCGCCCGCUCGCGGCGGCCAGGAGCCCGAUAGGCCGCCCCUCUCAGGAUUUUUACCUCCUAUAACUCCACCAGAAAAGUUUUUUCUUUCCCAGCUGAUGCUGGCACCCCCAAGGGAACUCUUCAAAAAAACACCUCGACAGAUCGCAUUGAUGGAUGUUGGAAAUAUGGGCCAGUCUGUGGACAUUAGUGGGCUUCAGUUAGCCUUGGCUGAACGCCAGUCUGAAUUGCCAACCCAGAGUAAGGCUAGCUUCCCUAGUAUUCUCAGUGACCCAGACCCAGAUUCUUCUAAUUCUGGAUUUGACAGCUCAGUUGCCUCUCAAAUCACAGAAGCUUUAGUCAGUGGACCAAAGCCACCUAUUGAAAGCCAUUUCCGGCCAGAGUUUAUUCGUCCACCACCUCCACUCCACAUUUGUGAGGAUGAGCUGGCUUGGCUGAAUCCAACAGAGCCUGACCAUGCGAUUCAAUGGGACAAAUCAAUGUGUGUCAAGAAUAGCACUGGUGUGGAGAUCAAGCGAAUAAUGGCCAAAGCCUUCAAAAGCCCCUUAUCUUCUCCUCAACAAACACAGCUCCUGGGUGAAUUGGAAAAAGACCCCAAACUCGUUUAUCAUAUUGGCCUCACACCAGCCAAACUUCCAGACUUAGUGGAAAACAACCCUCUAGUUGCUAUAGAAAUGCUGCUGAAGUUAAUGCAGUCAAGCCAGAUCACAGAGUAUUUUUCAGUUCUGGUCAACAUGGACAUGUCUUUGCAUUCAAUGGAAGUUGUAAAUCGACUCACUACAGCUGUUGAUCUACCUCCUGAAUUUAUUCACCUUUACAUAUCAAAUUGCAUCUCUACUUGUGAACAAAUUAAGGAUAAAUAUAUGCAGAAUCGUUUGGUGCGUCUUGUGUGUGUCUUUCUCCAGUCCUUGAUCCGUAACAAAAUAAUUAACGUGCAGGACUUGUUUAUAGAAGUGCAGGCAUUCUGUAUUGAAUUCAGCAGGAUACGAGAAGCCGCUGGCCUUUUCCGAUUGUUGAAGACCUUGGACACUGGAGAAACACCUUCCGAGACCAAAAUGUCAAAAUAAUACCUCAUCAGAACCACCAUAUUCAUUAUUCAGCUAUAUUGUGACUUAAUUUUUAAACUGUUAGAACCCUGAGUGGAUUGCUUGGCCUAAUGCAUAUAAACACUACUUUAUCUACUUAAAGCAAAA